AUGCGUGUAGAUCUAGCGAGUCCAGCGCAGGCUUCCUUACCUCGCAGCUGUCAUCUUUGCUCAUCGAUACCACGUCUGAGUUCCCUCAGUGCUUGCGUAACGCAGACAAAACGCACAGGAAUAAAAAAGGUGCCUCUGAGGCAAAUCUACGAACCAAGCUUGCACACUCAUAGUAUCAGGAAAGGAGCUGUCCACUGUUCUGCCAGCCCACCACCGCUACAAGAGCCUGACAGGAAACCGCGUCUGGCCAUCUUUGUAUCUGGAGGGGGCUCAAACUUUCGAGCAAUCCAUGCAGCGAUAGCAGACGGCCGCAUCUGUGCGGAUGUGGCGGUGGUGGUCAGUGAUGUGCCCAAUUGUGGUGGCUGGAAGUAUGCUGCCGAGCACGGCAUCUCAGUCGAAGCAUUCCCUGCCUCUGCGAAGACCCUGGUGGAUGGGAAAUGCGUGGCGCUCUCCACAGAGCAGCUCAUCACCGCCCUGAAGGAGAAGUAUGAUGUGGACUUUGUGCUCUUAGCAGGCUACCUGAAGCUGAUACCGGCAGAGCUGGUGCGGCAGUAUAAGAGGGCGAUGCUCAACAUCCACCCAGCGCUGCUGCCCAACUUUGGCGGCAAGGGUCUCUAUGGCGGCCGCGUGCACAGCGCCGUAAUUGGCAGCGGAGCGCGCUUCUCCGGGCCCACCAUCCACUUUGUGGACGAGGGGUACGACACUGGGCCAAUACUGGCGCAGGCAGUGGUGCCAGUCUACCCCACAGACUCGCCAAAGCAAUUGGCAGCCAGAGUCCUCACGGAGGAGCACAGGUUGUAUCCGGAGGCUGUGGCAGCGCUGGUGGACAGGAGAAUAACAUGGCGGGAAGAUGGCAUUCCUGUGUUGUGGAGUGCUCACUGA